AUGGAUGAAGCUCACAUGGUGGAAGGCCCCUGCGGGUUCAUUCUUCUCACGGAGGUCGCGUCCGUCGCGCCCACCAAUAAGCGGCCUUCCUGCAAUCCCUUUUUGCUCUGUGAGAGGAGCAAUGAGGAGUACCCGUCUCCAUGCAACAGGGGAGAAUGUGAACCAGAUGGUCAUCCACCGUGCUUUCUCAUCCUUGGGCUCGGCCUGUGGCGACAGUCGCCUUCUGCUGACCUCACUGAGAAUCUUCAAGGAAGCAAAGGGAUGCCCUCUUCGAGAUGCCCCGAGGUGUGCCCAGCUUCUCUUCCCAAGUAG